AUGGCCAUCGAGAGACGACACUCUGUCCAAAAAGGAUCGAGAAGACACACCGAAGUCACAAUGAAAGCAGUGCUGCUGUCCCUGCUGCUGCUGUGCACACUCUGGAUGCCAGGCACGGUGUGCGGCGAGGUCAAAGCUGUCAAACUGUGCGGCCGAGAGUUCAUUCGUGCUGUUGUCUACACCUGCGGAGGCUCCAGGUGGAGGAGGAUUCUUGACGAAGCGCAGUCUGAUGAUAUCAGUAGCAAUGAGCAGAGCAGUUUGAAGACCCUGAGCUUCCCUCCAGACAUGACGCGAUCUCGGCGAGACCUUAACCAGGUGCUGACCACGGUGUGCUGUCAAGUGGGAUGUCGGAAGAGCGAUUUGACAUUCCUGUGCUAA